AUGGAUGUUAUAUUAUUCGGUGAUCAAACAGUAGACUGCCAGUCUUUCCUCAAAAAAUCACUUCGUCGAAAGAACUGUCCUAUCCUAAGCAACUUUCUGGAGCAAGUCCAUGCCGCUCUGCAAGACGAACUUGCAUCUCUUCCAUCAACUACCCGACGACAUGUUGUUGUUUUCUCAAGCGUUUCUGAGUUCACUGAGCGAUAUUUCGAAGCCGAUCACCCAGAUUUGGCCGUUGAAAGUGCUAUCACUUGCUUGGCGCAAUUAACACAUUUCAUUGGAUUUUUCGAGGAACACCCUCUUGAAUAUUUAGAACCCUCUAAUACAGAAGUACUUGCAGUAUGCACCGGAUUGCUUGCCGCAUCUGCAGUUGCAUCAUGUAAAUCACUUACAUCUCUCGUUCCCCUAGCUGUGCAAGCAGUACGCAUUGCCUUCAGGCUGGGAUCAAGAGUUGCAGCAGUUGGAAGCCAAUUAGAAAGUUCGAGCGAUAGACAGAAGACUUGGUCAACAAUCGUGCUGGGGAUAAGUCCAGAAGCAGCAGAGCGUGCUUUGGCGGAGUUCAAUCAGACAAGAGGACUUGUUCAAUCAACAAGAUUAUACAUUAGUGCCAUUGGUACCACGUCUAUUACAAUCAGCGGAGCACCUACUAUCCGCGCUCAGUUGUUCGAAACAUGCGAGGCAUUCCAAUAUCUUCAACGACGCGAGAUCGGGAUACGUGGACCAUACCAUGCCUCCCACCUUUAUAACCCACAAGACAUUGAGAGAAUCUUGACACCAGAAAUCGUCGAAAGUCUAAGCAACUAUUCGUCAAUCCUUCCCCUUGUUGGUACUGCUGCACACAAGGAAUCCAUAUCAACAGUCGAAUUAUUUAGAAAUUCCAUCAUGGAAAUUUUGGCAGAGCAGGUCAAAUGGGACCGCUUGGUCAAACUUGCUGUUGCAGAUGUUCGAGAAUCUAAACAAACAGAAGUUAGGGUUCUUGCCAUGGGACCAACCGCUCUCGGAAAUAGUCUCGUCUCGGCGUUAAAGAACAGUGGUGGUUUGAAGUUGUCAAUGGAGGAUCACAUAUCUUACUCUAUGGAAAACAGCAUUCCAAGAGGAAUGACCGGUAGAAUGGCCGAGGCUAAGAUUGCUAUCGUGGGAAUGUCAGGCCGAUUUCCCAACUCGUCUGAUCAUGAAGCAUUCUGGGCUCUCCUUGAGCAAGGCCUCGACGUCCACCGAGAAAUACCCGCCGAUCGAUUUGAUGUUAAAGCACACGUUGACCCUUCCGGAAAAGGGAAAAAUAAGUCUCACUCUCCAUUCGGUUGUUUCAUAGAUGAACCUGGAAAAUUCGACCCUCGAUUCUUUAAUAUGUCUCCACGGGAGGCUAUGCAAACCGAUCCAAUGCAGCGUUUGGCCAUCUCCACUGCAUAUGAGGCUAUGGAAAUGUCAGGAUUCGUAAGAGAUCGAACUCCUUCCACACAAGCACACAGAGUCGGUACCUUCUACGGUCAGACUUCCGACGAUUGGCGUGAAAUCAAUGCUGCUCAAGACAUCGAUACAUAUUUCAUCACCGGUGGUGUGCGAGCUUUCGGACCUGGAAGAAUUAAUUAUCACUUCGGCUUCAGUGGCCCAUCAUACAACGUAGACACUGCCUGCUCCAGCAGUAUGGCCGCCAUCAAUUUGGCAGUCACUUCGUUACGAGCUGGUGACUGCGACACCGUAUUCGCUGGCGGUAUGAACGUCAUGACCAACCCAGAUAUUUUCUCUGGUUUAUCGAAGGGUCAAUUCUUAUCCAAGACUGGAUCCUGCAAGACCUACGACGACAGUGCUGAUGGCUACUGCCGUGGUGAUGGUGUCGUUACUCUCAUCUUAAAGCGACUUGACGACGCAGUGGCUGAUAAGGAUCCAAUUCUUGGAGUCAUUGCCGGUAUUGCAACAAAUCACAGUGCCGAAGCUAUCUCAAUCACCCAUCCCCACGCUGGUGCACAAAAAUUCUUGUUCCAGAAGGUAAUGGACGAAGCUCGCGUAGACAUUCGAGAUGUCAAGUACGUCGAGAUGCACGGCACAGGUACUCAAGCUGGUGACGGUGUCGAGAUGGACAGUGUUUCGUCCAUUUUUGCACCAGUAAGUAAAUCGCGCCGUCGCAUUGAUCAGCCACUAUUUGUUGGUUCCGUCAAAUCUAAUGUUGGCCACGGAGAAGCUGUUUCAGGUGCGACCGCUUUGGUAAAAAUUAUGAUGAUGCUCAAGAAAAGUAUGAUCCCACCACAUUGCGGCAUCAAGACGAAAAUCAAUCAGGCCUUUCCCAAAGAUCUGAAAGAUAGAAAUCUUAACAUGGCUUUUAAACCAACACCAUUUCCUAGACCUACGAAUGGCAAGCGAUAUGUCUUCAUGAACAACUUUAGUGCCGCCGGUGGUAACACCGCCACCUUGCUCGAAGAUGCACCAAUCCGGCAAUUGGAAGGUACUGACCCUCGAACAUCUCAUGUUGUCAUUGUGACGGCCAAGUCUCUUGCAUCUUUCAGGAAUAAUAUUCAGAAAAUCUUGAAAUGGUCGAGGGAUCAACCCAGCUCAUGUUUGCCAAGUCUUGCAUACACCACAUCUGCUCGUCGUUACCACUACCAGUAUCGUAUUGCAGUUGACGCCAAGGACUUGCAAAGUGUCCAAAAUGCUUUGAGCGCUUACACUGAAGGCCCCCACACUCCGGUAUCGAACGCGAAGCCCAGAGUCGCUUUUGCUUUCACUGGUCAGGGAUCACAUUACCUCGGAAUGGGUAAGGCCCUCUUCCGAGAUGUGGAACAAUUCCGCCGUGAUAUUGAGGACUUUGAUCAAAUGGCACAGACCCAAGGCUUCCCAUCUUUCAUGGGACUAAUUGAUGGGAGCAUUACUGACCUGAGCAUUGCUGAGCCGGUCAUGACUCAACUUGCCAUUCUUUGUGUAGAAAUAUCUGUUGCAGCACUUUGGCGAUCAUGGGGCAUCGAGCCAUCCGUCGUCGUUGGUCACUCUCUGGGAGAGUAUGCUGCCCUACAGGUUGCUGGUGUUGUUUCCACACAUGAUGCUAUCUCUUUGGUCGGCAAUCGUGCGCGAUUGUUAGUUUCGAGAUGUACUGCUGGCAGUCAUGGUAUGCUGGCAGUUCGGGCAGGCUUUGCUGCAGUUGAACCAUUCUUGUCGGACAUCGAAGUGGAAAAGGCUUGCAUCAAUGGUCCGGAGGAAACAGUUUUCUCGGGUACCGUUGAAACCAUGAGCCGCCUCAAGGAGACUUUAACCGCACAGGGCUUCAAGAACACUAUGCUGAACAUACCUUAUGCAUUCCACUCCGCUCAAGUCGAACCAAUUCUAGAGGAUUUCAUUCAGUCUGCGAAGUCAGCUGUUUUCCAUCAACCAAAAAUCCCAGUCAUGUCCACACUUCUUGGGACCAUCGUAGAGGAAUCCGGUGUGUUCAAUCCAGAGUACCUUGCUAGGCACUGUAGAGAGAGCGUUGACUUCCUAGGAGGUGUCACUUCUGCUUUGACAAGUGGAAUCGUUGAUGAGAAGACCUUAUUUGUCGAAAUUGGCCCACAUCCAGUUUGCUCCAACAUGAUAAAGGCGAUCAUCGGCACAAGUGCCAUCACUGUGCCAUCACUGAGCAGAAAUGCCGAUGCGUGGACCACCACAGCUACUAGUUUGGCAACUCUAUUCAAUGCUGGUCUAGACUUCAAUUGGAACGAGUACCACAUUGACUUCAAGAACGCUCAUGAGGUUCUUGAUUUACCUUCUUACUCUUUCGAUGAGAAGGUCUAUUGGAUUGAUUACCGCGAAAAUUGGUGUCUUACUAAAGGCGACAAGCAAUUGGUCGCUCCCACAGUUGCAAAACCAAGCUUCUCGACAACCACUGUUCAAAAAAUUCUUUUUGAAGAUGUCGAUGGUGACAACGUCAAUGUUGUCGCGGAGUCUGACCUUAUGGAACCCAACUUACGAGCAGCCAUUUCCGGGCACUUGGUUCACGGUCAACCACUCUUCCCGUCAUCCAUCUAUGGUGAUAUGGCGUUGACUAUCUGCGAUUACGCACUCAAGCUUGCCCAACCGGAUGCGAAAUCUGUGGGUUUCAAUGUUGGAAGUAUGGAAACACAUAAGCCUUUGGUCCUCGACAGCAAUGCCAAAACCCAUCUUCUUCAGAUUGAGACUAAGCUUGACCUUGCUCAUCGACGUGGAACUGUCAACUUCCGUACAUUUGGAACAGAUGGAGAGCCAGUUGAACAAACCAAGUGCGAAGUGACUCUUGAGGAUUCAUCCUCAUGGUUGAAGGACUGGGACCGUCGCAAGUUCCUUGUCCAAGGACGAAUUGAGAAUCUGAUGAACCAUAAGGAAGUUCACAAGAUACAAAGAGGAAUGGCUUACAAGCUAUUUGGCGCACUUGUCGACUAUGAUCAAAAAUAUCGUGGAAUGGAUGAAGUGUAUCUGUGGAGUGAACAAUGCGAGGCAACUGCCAAGGUACAAUUCCAGACUUCGGACAAGGAUGGAACGUUCUUCAUGAGCCCAUACUGGAUCGACAGUGUUUGCCACAUCUCAGGAUUCAUCAUGAAUGCAAAUGAUGCUGUCGACUCCACUAAGUACGUCUAUAUUUCCCACGGAUGGGAGUCGAUGAGAUUCGCCAAAACCAUGUCUGCCGACAAAGAGUAUAGAUCUUAUAUCAAGAUGCAGAAGGUACCAGGUGGAGGUGAGAUGGUUGCUGGUGAUGUAUAUGUAUUCGAAGGAGACGAGAUUAUCGCGGUUGUCGGUGGUAUCAAGUUCCAACGCGUACCCCGCACCCUGCUUCAGACUUUGCUCGCACCAAAAGCCAUCCCAGCUCGUGGUGGCGCCAAAGCAGUCACUGUCCCAGCUAGGAUCGCUGCACCUAAAGCAUCGAAAACUGCCUCCAAGGUUGAACUCAGAACCAUCAGUAAACCGACUUCAAGAGGUAUUUUUGCGAAAGCAUUGACCAUCAUGGCUGAAGAGAUCGGAUGCGAUGUCGCUGAAUUGGCAGGUCCCAUGCGCUUCUCCGAUAUGGGUGUCGACUCACUUCUUGGCUUGAGUAUUUCUGGACGAUUCCGUGAGGAUCUUGAGAUUGACUUCCAGAGCAGUGUUUUCGAGCAUGAACCAACGGUAGACCGUCUCAAAGCUUACAUGACUAGAUUUGAGGACGAGACUAGUGCUCAGAGCUCAGGACUGUCCACUCCUGAAAUGAUGUCUAGUCACUCAAGUGACAUUGGAGAUGAUGCUUUUGAUCUCGACGAUACCGAUUCCGAAAUUACGUCUGCCGAUGGUGAUAGCGAUAACGCAAUGAUCGUCCAGAUUAUAAGAUCUACGAUUGCUGAAGAGAUGGGUGUCGAGCUUGAGGAGAUCACUGAUAACACGGAUCUUGCUACCAUGGGUAUGGACUCUCUUAUGAGCUUGAGCAUUCUAGGCGCACUUCGAGAAAAAACAGGUCUGACUUUGAACUCCGAGUUGUUGGUCGAGAAUACCAGCGUAGAAAAAAUUGAGACAACCUUGGGCCUAAGGGCAAUCAAGCCAAAGAGUAUCGAGGUUAAGAAGACGAUAAAGAUUACCCAAGUGUCUUCUGCGUCAGUCCAACCAGCUACUCCAACUCAAGUUGCCAAACCCAUCAAUCUAUCUCAAUACCCGCCAUCGAAGUCUAUCCUGCUACAAGGUAACCCAAAGACCGCAACCCACACACUCUUCCUCCUUCCCGAUGGUUCCGGUGUCGCUUCAUCGUAUACUCCAAUUCCUCGGAUUGACUCCAACUUAGCCGUGUUUGGCCUCAAUUCCCCAUUCAUGAAAGACCCUACUCAAUUCAACAUUGGUGUCCCGGCUGUCACUCAAAUUUACCUGGCCGAAAUCCAACGCCGUCAACCACAUGGGCCUUAUCUUCUUGGAGGUUGGUCUGCCGGAGGCGUACUUGCCUACGAGUGUACGCGUCAACUCAUUGCCAAGGGCGAGAAUGUCGAAAAACUUUUGUUAAUUGAUUCACCUUUCCCCGUUGGUCUUGAAGCUUUACCAGCUUCCUUCCACCAAUACUGCGCCAAGAUUGGUCUUCUCGGCGAUGGUGGGCUCGAAUCAUUACCAAAAUGGCUUCUUCCACAUUUCUUCUCCACUGUCCGCGAACUUACUACAUAUUCUGAUCAUUUGGGCUCUCUAACAUCCCUUAACACCGCAAACAUGCCACAAACCACCACCAUAUGGGCUCGCGACGGUAUUGUUCACAGUGCAAACGACCUGAAGCCAGACUGGGACCCCAAAGUGAGGAUGCCAAACUCCAUGGACUGGUUGACUCAUGAUCGCAAAGAUCUGGGGCAUAAUGGAUGGGAAAAGUUAGUGGGUGAGGGAAAUGUCAAGUGUAUGAGCACGUCUGGAAAUCACUUUACCAUGAUGAGAGAUCCAAUUACACGUGAUUUGGCCAAGCUCAUGAAGCAAGCUCUCGAAAUAUAA